AUGGUGCAAUUAGUUUAUAUUGUUUCUAGUUUACACAUAUUGCUAUGUCCGUUCACUAAAGUAGAAGAAAGCUUUAAUAUACAAGCGACUCACGAUAUAUUGUACCAUCGACAUAACCUCUCACAGUACGAUCACAAUGAGUUCCCUGGCGUAGUUCCACGGACAUUCGUUGGACCUUUCGUGAUUUCUGCAUUAUCAGCAUCUGUUGUAGGAAUAUUACAUUUGUUUGGGGUAACUAAGUUUUGGAUGCAAUAUGUCGUUCGGAUAACUCUAGCCAUAUCAGUGAUUGCAGCAUGGUGUCGAUUACGGAACACGUUGCAGAAGCAGUUUGGUAAUACCUACGCAUGGUGGUACACUAUCAUCACUGUAACUCAGUACCACUUCAUGUUUUAUAUGAGCCGUCCUUUACCUAAUAUUAUGGUUUUACCCUUAGUACUAUUAGCAUUUGAAGGAUGGCUCUCAGGCAAUCACAAGCAAUUUAUAUUAACAGCUGGUGCGGCUAUAGUGAUCUUCAGAUCUGAGCUGGCUAUGCUGUUUGGACUCUUCAUUAUUAUCGACCUGUACUUUAGGAAAAUUGAUGUCAUGUCAUUAAUGAAAAUUACAAUACCUGCAGGACUGGGAUUUGUCGCACUAACAAUGUUAGUAGAUUCGAUAUUCUGGGGCCGACCUGUGUGGCCAGAGGCUGAGGUAUUCUGGUACAACACUGUGCUGAAUAAAAGCUCCAGUUGGGGUACAUCUCCGUUUCUCUGGUAUUUUUACUCAGCGUUACCUCGUGGUCUCGGUCCAAGUCUAGUCCUCAUUCCAAUAGGCGUGUACCUGGACAAACGUCUGAUACAAUUGGUAGCACCAGCAUUGGUGUACAUACUCUUGUACUCCGUGCUGCCGCAUAAGGAGCUAAGAUUUAUUAUCUACGUCUUUCCAUUGCUCAAUAUGGCAUCAGCAGCCACUUGUGCUUAUGUAUAUAUUAGGCGGGGGAAGGCACCAAUCUACGAAUUACUAUUUUGGGGAACAACAGUGAUAGUACUGGGCAAUAUUGUAAUGACAGUUGCUUUCACAAUAGUAGCAAUGAAUAACUAUCCUGGUGGAGUAGCGAUCACGAGAUUCCACAAACUACUGAAAGGAGAGCCAUUUGUCCACGUGCAUAUCAGUAACCUAGCCGCACAAACUGGCGUGACGCGCUUCACACAACUAAACGGUCAUUGGAUAUACAACAAAACUGAAAACCUUAAUACUGAACAACUGCAUGAAUUUACUCAUUUGCUUAUAGAAGCUAAAAGCAAGUAUUCCUCAAACCUCAAAGCAUAUCAACAUACACACGUUGUUUUGGACAGUAUAGAAUCUUUCUCACAAGUAGCUGUCAAUUAUAAAUUAAUACCGCCCGUUAAGAUUAAGACUAAACCAGCUCUUUUUAUAUUAGAAAGGAAAGAUUUCCGUGAAUAUCCUCAUGGACAUAGCAUUAGCUUCGAUAGUGUUCUUGAGACAGACAGUGGAUCCAGACAAAUGUCAAGAGAGGUCAAUGAUGCUAGUUAUUUGGAAGAAGAUGUAUAUGUACCGCAUAAAGCCGAAUUAAUAACUGAGGAAGACAAUGUUAGUCAGAUAGAAGUAGAAAUUAUGAAUACAGAGCCAUCUAUAUUGACACCUAGUAUGACUACUAUAAAUGAAGAUAUAGAAGCUCAGCAACCUGAGGAGAAAUAUGAAAAUGUUAAAUUAGGAAAAAUCAAAAAGUCAUUUGAUGAACUGAAAUUGUUAAGGAAAGAGAGGAAAAUGAAAGCUAUAGAAAAAAUUAAGUCAGAGACGCGAAAAGAAGUAGUUGCAUCAGCAAAAGAAAAAUUGAAAGAGAUCAUGAAACGCCAUAAACAUAUAGCUGAAGAACUCUCUGAAGCUGUCAUAGAUGAUGUUAAGAGUCAAAUAGAAGAAAAGGAUGGUAGGGGGGAUAUACCUGAAACUGAGCUUAAUCUUGAACCAGAAUUAAGCAAUAUUCAAGAUAUUGUACCAAAUGUAGAACCAAUCGAAAAUCCAAGUGAAUCAAUAAAUCGCACAAACGAAAACAUAGACGCCAUUGUAGAAGAAGUCAUAGUUAGACUUAUAGAUAGAAAAAUUUAUGAUGAUAAAACGAAACCAGAGGAUAUCAAAGCAGAAGACCGACAAGUUAUACAAAAAAUAGUGGAAGAGAUUCUUGCCGAAAAAAUGAACUUUACGACAUAAACUUAUGUGUUUUAAUAACACGUUUAUUAAAUAAAUGCUGGCUUUAUGCAUAUAAAUUGUUGUGAGCGAUCCCGAUCUUACAAAAAACUAUCAAAUGUUUGUUUGUGUGUACAUAACUAUUGUAAGUGCGUACACUUAACUCAAGUAAGCAAAAUGUAAAUCGCGCUAAACAUGAAUAUCACAAAUUACGAUAAUCUUAGAUCAGAUAGUUAUAUUGUAUAAUACAAAAAAUUGUUUAUUAAAUAAAUCAAUCGAUACGGUAAUAUUUAACGUGA